AUGGCUCCGACCCGGGAAGAGUUGCUCUCUCUGGCAAAGGGCCUGUCCUUUGAGAUCCCGGAGCAUGAGAUCCAGGACUAUGAGACGCUUCUUGCGCGCACGGAAAAGACAUUAGAAACCGUGGCCGCGAUGGACGGCAAGUGCUGCACAUUUCGUUUGGAACAUCAAUUCGCUAACGAUCAUGCAGACUACCAGCCAGAACCUGACCAGACUACCAGCCCUAGACAAAACAUCCAUUUUCCGCAAGCAGCGGAUAACCCGCUUGGAGCAUGGGCCUGGCGCUUCGAGCUAUCCUCUACGUCGCCAAAUUCGGACAUCUUGCAAGGCAAGACCUUGUGUCUGAAAGACAACAUCUGCGUCGCCGGUGUGCCGUGUUUACUUGGCACUGACACUUUCCGCGACUGGAUUCCGCGCACUGAUGCCACUGUGGCGACGCGCAUCAUCGAUGCUGGCGGCAUCAUCAUCGGCAAGGCCGUAUGCGAGAACCUGUCGCGUGGGGCUGUCAGCUCGAGUGCAGCAACAGGCCCGGUGCACAGCCCAUACGCGCGGGGGUAUUCGGUUGGGGGCAGCAGCUCGGGCACGGCGGCGUUAGUAGCGAGCGGUGGUGCGGACAUGGGCCUUGGGUGCGAUCAAGGGGGCAGUAUUCGCAUCCCGGCCGCCCUGACGGGGCUAUAUGGGUUCAAGCCAACGGCCGGGCUGGUGCCAUAUACGGGAAUCGCGAGCAACGAUGCGAGCUUGGAUUAUGUUGGGCCUAUAACCACCACAUGUCUAGACAAUGCGGUGUUGCUAGAGGCGAUUGCCGGCGCGGAUGGUCUAGAUGACCGCUCGGGGCCAGGAAUCCCAUUUCCCAAAAAUGUGCCACGUUACUCGCAUUUGAUUAGGCAAAAUGCAGCAGCCGGAAUUGAGGGGCUGAGGAUAGGUGUGUUGAAAGAAGGCCUGCCGGCUGAUAUCGACCCGAAUGUGGAGAGAAAGUUCAGAGAUGCGGUCAAAGUCUUCGAGAAGCUGGGAGCUAGCGUGCAGGAAGUCAGCGUCCCACUUCACGCUCAUGGCAGAGGGGUAUAUUCGGUUCUCAGCAAAAUGGGGAAUCAUAUGGGAAUGAUGGGACAGGCAACGGGCAGACGACAAGCGAUGCUGACAGAUCUAUAUGAGAAGAAAGGCCUUCCCUACACACCCGAAGUGGUGAGCAAGAUGAGCGUUAUGAGCAAAGAAGGCCUCCUCAGCGGCGAGUUCGCCUGGCAACGCUAUGCAACCGUGUACCCGAAGGCUGCGAACAUCAUGCGUAAGCUGAAAGAUCUAUAUGAUGACGUUCUCUCCUCGUUAGAUGUCAUAGUGAUGCCCACGACGUUGUCGCCCGCGAAUCGCCUCCCAGGUGUAGACGCAAAGCCGGUGGUCCAAAUGGAAGCGGCGAAAGGAAAGACGGAGAACACAUGUUCAUUCAAUGCUACAGGGCAUCCAGCAUUAGCAAUGCCAAUCGGGUUUGUGCCUGCAAAAGAAGAUGCGAGCAUCAAACUACCUGCUAGUAUGCAAAUUGUGGGCAGGUGGCACGAUGAGUUGACAGUCUUCCGAGCUGCGUAUGCGUGGGAGCAAACUAUCAACUGGAAAGAGUUUUAA